CAAAAGUCACUCCAGUGUCAACCUAACAGUCAGCUCGUUCACUUCAUAAAAUACAUUACCAUAAAUUCAAAAUUCUUGUGAAAUUAAUACUAUGUUCAUUAAAUAUUACCAUCACAAAUCAUACAGUUUACUUUUAAUGCUAAAUAUAAAAUUUUAGUGAAUAGAAUCUAAUAAUUAUGGAGAAACCGGCUGAUUUUACUUUCAUGCAUUUUGGUCUUUUACGAGAAGCAAAGCCUGAAAAUGUACAAACAGUUCGUAUUGGUGCACCUGCCCGUGGGCCGCAUAAUAAACUAGCGACACGUGCAGUUUGGUUGAAUAACAAUCGCCUUAAAUCGUUUAAAUAUUUGGAUAUUUUUAUCAACUCCAUUCUGGAGGAGCCGAUUAACUUGACCUGGUUGGAUUUGUCAUUUAAUAAAUUAACUGAUGUUGAUAAUAGUAUUUUAAGAUUUCCGUUUUUAAGGAUUUUAUAUUUACACGGUAAUAAAAUAUCGGAUCCUAAAGAAAUAGUAAAACUGAAAAGCAUGCCUGAAUUGCGGGCUCUGACUGUUCACGGUAAUCCUGUUUACAGUAAAAAGUCUUAUAGGCAGUAUAUGAUUUCAAUGUUACCACAAUUGGUUAGUUUGGACUUUACACGGAUAACAGCUCCUGAAAGAGAUUACGCCACAGCAGUACGACAUGAUAUUGAAGCGUAAUAUAACCUUAUUCUAACCUCAAAAGUUUAAAAAAUAAAAGUAUGAAAUUUUAAAA